AUGUACAACUCCUUCGGUCUCAUAUUGGUCUCGUAUUCAUUGCUACAAAUGAUGCGCUCGGCAUCCGGACCUGGAGGAUCGGGGCUUCAAACUGUGCUUGCAACCAAAUCCGAGCGUGAAGUUCGGUCGCAGACAUUCUUGGCGAUGCUUUUCUUGAGUCUGCGCUGGGCUUUUAGCGCUGGUAUUGCUGUAAUGGGGAUCCACUAUUCCACGCAACAUGUCGGUGUUGUGGUGGACCCAGAGCGUGUGGUGCCUAUUGUGAUAAACAAGGUGUUACCCGUCGGUACAAAGGGGUUCGUCUUGGCUUCACUUCUGGCUGCAGCGCUUACUACCUUCGACACGACUAUCAACAGCUCGUCUUCGUAUUGGACCGUGGAUAUCUACCAGGCUCUGAUCAACCCGAAAGCAACUGAACGGCAGUUGCUGUGGCACGCGCGCCUCUCGUCGGCUUUUGUUAUGCUUGCUGGCCUCUUCCUUUCAUUGGAUGUGAGCACCAUCAACCGGAUCUGGGGCUUCAUGACAAUCGCGAUGGCGGGUGGCCUCAUUUGGCCCUUCUUCUUCUCGUGGUACUGGGCUCGCUUCAACGCGUAUAGUUGCCUACUCGGAAUUGCAUCCGGGUAUUUCGCUGCGAUCGCCGUGUUCAUCUUUGCGCCGCUGCUCGAGGAGUUCCGAGCCUUCGUGAUCACUUCGUCGAUCUCCGGAGGCAUCUCCAUUGUUGUCUGUCUAUUGACACGACCCGAGUCGGACAAGGUGCUUCGACGAUUCUACCGUUUUGCUCGACCUCCCGGCGCUUGGCACAAGAUCAAGCACAUCUGCUUCACGCACGAAAUGAUUUCUGACAUUGAUUCAGAGAACCAUACCGAUCUGGCGUGUACUGGGCUGAUCGUUGUGGCUCAGCUGGCGCUGUACAUUCUUGCGGUUAGCGCUGUAUCAAAAGCCUGGACUCAAAGUCUCGUGCUAGUAGCCAUUCUAGCGGUCACACUGCCUCUCAUCUACUUGAAAUGGUACGUGAAGUUGAAAGACCGUCCGGUUGGUCUUCGUAAGGAGGAUUUGAAUGCCUCGUUGCUGGGUCCAGCCUGA